AUGUCGUACAUCGAGCGAAAGGCUUGGGAUCUCCACACGGAAAGGCUUGCUGCAGAGGCAAGGGAACUUGCUAAAUCGUGCAGCGGCGAGGACUCCGACGACGAUCUGAACAACGGCGAACUCGACAGCUACAGCGAAGUUUCGGACAGUGAUGGGAGAAAAGAUGCACAGGGCGAUUACAACGCUGGCAGCGAAUUCAAUAAUGGCAAGAGAGAAGAAGCCAGCUGUGACGAGGUCAAUGGCAGUAGCGCUAGCAAUAACGCCAACACCGGCGACUUUCCGUGCAGCUCUCCUUUCGUCGGCCCCAACCAUGAUAUCCAGAAUGUUUCUACACCUCGCACUUCUCAGUCUAGCCCUAGGACCCCAUCCACUAAUCACGAAAUCAUCCCUCCUUCAACCGAGAGAGAGGUCUACAUGGCUCUGCAAAGCUCUCCAUUGAGCUACUUACGACCACGCCGUCAACCUCGAGCCUCUUCCUCGCCUUAUUCUGAUGGUCAUGCCCCCACCCAGCACUCGCCUCCUCAGUGUAACCGAGCUCACCACACCCCAAACCAGUAUUUAGGCUCUUUGUCAUCGGACCACGACCACCCCUCCACGACACAGGUGCCGUCCAUUCUGAACGUCGAGCCACAGUCGCCAUACUCCCCUUACACGCUACACACUGAUGCACCUUGGGCUUGGGACGUACGCCUGAGAAUGUAUCACAUCGACACUGAGCUGCAGACCGUGGAUGCCUCAAGCCGUAUCAUUCUUGGACAAUUUAGGGCCUAUCGUCGAUGUUUAUUGGCCCAACGGGAUAGAUACCACCGCCUCCUCGUUGAAGGUCCCGAUCUGCACCCCCUCGCGAGCGACAACUAG